CAGCUUUUAACUGGCAUUCUGCUGACUAGCUGUGUCCCCUAAGGUCUCGUCCGUGCUUGCACCCGUUUAUACUGCACCUUUGAAUAAAAUAAUUUUGUGACACUACUAAACCGUGUCUGUUGAAUAGCAAUGAUCACUACGCCAUCCUUCCUGUCUAUUGUAUUGCACAGCGUACUUCUCUCCUUUGAUAAAUUAGCAGUCUCACGGGUCAGGACUUGUCUGUGUAGUUGGGAUUGAUGUAGAUGCAAAACUAGACAGUACAGAAUCUGAGAGUGAUGAUUCCAGAAUGAGAAAUGUAAACAGACACCAAAUACGGUACCAGACGAAAAGAAGUGGCAAUUUUGAUUACAGUGAUGAUGAUGAUGAUGAUGAUGAAGAUGAAGAUGAUAAUGAUAUCACUAGGCUGCCAAAAAGAAAAAGAACUGUGAGAAAAUCCACAAGAAGAACAAGAGUAGAUGAAACUGAAACAGAAUCUGAGUAUGAGGAUGAGAAAAGAAAUAAAAGAAAAAAUGCUGUGGUACAAAAAGAUGUUAACAAAAACAACAUAAAGUCUACCAGAAAAGAUACAAACAAUGAAGAAUCUUCUGUUCAUAACAAAGGGAAAAAUACAAGUAAAUCGGGAGAUCAGAAAAAGAAAAGAAAAAGCAGCAGUUCUUCAUCUUCAUCCUCAUCAUCCUCUAGUUCUGAGGAGAGUUUAUCAGAUAGUGAAAGGGAAAGGAUAAUGAAGGAAAUUGAAGACAAGAAAAAAAUAAUUUCCAGUAUGAGAAAUAAACCUUGGAGAAUGACAAAGAAACUACAUUUACUUAAGGAAGCCCAAGACUAUGUUGAACAACGAGAAGGUACACUUGGACGUGGAAAAGGAAGAAAACUCUACGCCUAUAAAAUCAUGAUGACUAAGAAAUGGAUGAAGUUUAAACGAGAUUUUGAAAAUUUUAAAACGUCCUGUAUACCAUGGGAAAUGAAGAUAAAGGAGAUUGAAAGUCACUUUGGAUCAUCUGUGGCAUCCUAUUUCAUAUUUCUCAGGUGGAUGUAUGGUGUUAACUUAGUUCUUUUAGGCAUGGUGCUUGGACUUAUAAUCAUUCCUGAGAUAUUGAUGGGGCUGCCUGCUGGAAGCAUUCCCAGAAAGACAAUACCAAGAGAUGAACAAGCAAGUUCAAUGGAUUAUUCUGUACUCAGUGAGUUUGGGGGUGUUUUAAAAUAUUCACCUGUUUUCUAUGGUUAUUACAAUAAUCAAAGAACAAUUGGACCUCUGCAGUUCAGGCUGCCGUUGGCAUAUUUCUUAUGCGGAGUUGGCAUCUUUGGAUACAGCUUGAUAGUUGUGAUAAGAAAAAUGGCCAAGAAUAUAAAUGAAAGCACAGCAGAUGGGGAUGAUGAUAACUUUAUAUUCAGCUGGAAAAUGUUUACUAGCUGGGAUUACCUUAUUGGCAACUCCGAAACAGCAGACAACAAAUUUGUAUCUAUUACAACAAGCUUCAAGGAAUCUAUUGUAGAUGAACAGGAGAACACAAAAGAAGAAAACAUUCAUCUACGGAGGUUUCUCAUUGUUUUAGCAAAUGUAAUGAUCGUCGCAUGUCUUGGAGGAAGUGGAUAUCUCAUUUAUUUUGUUGUACAACGAGGACAGCAGUUCAAAAAGUUGGAUAAACCAAGCUGGUAUCAGAAUAAUGAGAUAGAAAUUGUAAUGAACCUGCUCUCGAUGUUUUGCCCUCCACUAUUUGAAACAAUUGCUGCUAUGGAAAACUAUCACCCUAGAGUAGCUUUGAAGUGGCAACUUGGACGGAUAUUUGCACUCUUCCUGGGGAAUCUGUAUACAUUUUUGUUGGCUUUGAUUGAUGAUGUCAAUAGCAAGUUGGCUGAGGAAGCUGUAAUAAGGAACCAAACUUCGUGGCUGAUAUCUAAUGGAACCUUAAGUAAUGGGAGUACUAUUGAUCCUGCCGAUAUGCCCAGAGGUCCAUGCUGGGAAUCAAAUGUGGGACUAGAAUUUGUAAAGCUAACAGUAUCGGACACCCAGAUGACUGUCAUCAUGAUUCUUGUGGGAGACUUUGGCCGAGCAGUGAUUGUCAGGUUUCUCAAUAACUGCUGGUGUUGGGAUUUGGAGUCUGGAUUUCCAUCUUAUGCAGAGUUUGGUAUAAGUGACAAUGUUCUUGGUCUCAUUUUUAACCAAGGCAUGAUAUGGAUGGGGACAUUUUACGCACCUGGACUGAUUGUCAUAAAUAUUCUGCGCCUCCUGUCCUCAAUGUACUUACAGUGCUGGGCUGUAAUGAGCACCAACGUACCUGAAGAAAGAGUAUAUAAAGCUUCCAAGUCAAACAACUUCUACUUGGCCCUUUUACUGCUAGUAUUGUUCAUGAGCCUGCUGCCUGUAGCCUACACCAUAAUGAGUAUAUCUCCAUCAUUUGACUGCGGCCCUUUUAGUGGUAAAACUAGAAUGUAUGAUGUUCUUCAAGAGACAAUUGAAAAGGACUUUCCACCUUUUAUCAUGAAGGUGUUUGGUUACGUGUCCAAUCCUGGGAUUAUCAUAGCAGCCGUGCUUCUAAUGGUAUUGGCUAUAUAUUACCUUAAUGCAAUAUCAAAAUCAUACAAGAAUGCUAACAUUGAAUUCAAGAAGAAAAUGCAGAGGAAACGGGAGGAUGACAAAAAUAAACGCAACAACACCGCCUCGACAAAUGAAUUAAUGAAAGACUUGGAAGAGCUGCUGCCUCCCAGUGUGAGAUAUGGAAUCAAAAAGGAAACGGAAGAAAAAGAUAAAGUACUUCUUAAACCUAACACAAACAAUGAAACUAAUUCUAAACCUGGAAAGACAACUUUACCUGUGAAAAAUGGCCCUCGGGUGACGGUUACCAAGCCACCGAUUCAGUCUCAGCUGAUAACAACCUCAUCUACUAUAAAGCUUCAAGUUAAUAACAUAAAACCACAACUAGGCAGAGGUAGAGGACGUACAUCUUAAUAUAUUA